AUGGCUAUCCUUAAGAAUGAGGCGAAGGAGCCUCAAAAAGUAAAGGUGAAAGCUAGAAGUCGUGUCAAAACUGAGCUGACAAGUUUCGCUGAAGUCAGUGGAGCUGGUGAGGGUAGUGGAGUGGGUGGAGCUUGUAAGGGUAGGAGAAACACAUCAGGGUUCCUGUCCAAGAAUCUCCAAUGUCUAAUCAUCGACGAAACUGACAGAAUCUUGGAGAUUGGAUUUGAGGAGGAAAUGAAACAGAUCAUUCGUUUGCUUCCCAAGAAUCUUCAAACUGUUCUGUUCUCUGCUACUCAGACCCGUAAUGUGGAGGACUUGGCUUGUAUCUCUCUCAAGAAAGCCCCCCUCUAUGUGGUACCGGGUGUGGAUGACCACAAGGAGGCCUCCACUGUGGACGGACUAGAGCAGGGGUACGUGGUGUGUCCGUCAGAGCAGAGGUUUCUUCUCUUAUUCAUCCUCAAGAAUAACCUCCGUAAGAAAGUGAUGGUCUUCUUCUCUUCUUGUAACUCUGUCAAGUUCCACUCAGAUCUCCUCAAUCACGUUGACAUGCCCGUACUGGAUAUUCAUGGUCGUUAGAAACAACAGAAAAGAACGUCAAUGUUCUUGGAGUUUUGUCAGGCAAGAGAGGGUGUGCUCUUAUGUACUGACAUGGCUGCCAGAGGUCUGGACAUCCCUGAGGUGGACUGGAUAGUACAGUACGACCCUCCAGACGAUUCAAAGGAGUAUAUUCACCUUGUGGGGCGUACAGCAAAAGCAGGGGGACGAGGCCACGCCCUCCUCUUCCUGCUCCCAGAGGAGCUCGCAUUCGUCAAUUAUAAUUAUCAUGCAUACAAAGGUGCCACUGAGCGAGUACGAAAUGGUUAACAAGGAAAUCAGCAAUGUGCAAUCUCGGGUGUCCACAGCGGGAGUGGUAGGAAAGGCAAGGCUCCUCAGAGGGGGGGGGAGCAAGAAGAGGUGGUUACGGAUGGCAGAGCAGAAAAGCCGCCGAGAAAUCACAGAAGUUCAAGAAAUGGAAACCAGCUACCGACAAGAGACAAUUUUCGUACUAAACUAUAAUAUAAUAAUCUAAUGAGUUGUGCUUGCACCCUGUGUCAGUAUUCACUUUUCUCUCUAUGGUGUUA